AUACACCUCGAGUAGAAAUUACGCAAUCUUUAUUCAGAUUAACUACUUCAAAUCGCGAGUUUCUCGAUGUUCGUGUACUAAGAUAUAUUUUACAUCAACUAUACUCCAAUUUCCCAUCAUCAUUGGAUCCGUAGAGAUGAUCAACUUGACAGACGAGAUCAUCCUAAACAUCAUAAAAAUCAACGAACCCACCACCGAUCAAAUCACACUCUCAAAAUGGACCAUCGAUAAAUACGAAUCCAACACCGGUAACUUCUGCAGCAACCUAGGCCGAAUCACCGUCACAUAUCAUAAAGAUCAAACCCAGGUAGAUAAAUCAUUUUUCGUCAAAAUACCCCAUACUUCCUCCCUCCAUAAAUACAACACAAAAUACGCCAUAGAACAACGCGAAUACCUCAUGUACACGAAGAUCAUUCCACAAAUCCAGAAAACAAACGAUUACAUCUUCGCUCCACAAUUCUAUUACUCCGAUGAAAAUUUCUCAUUGAUUAUCGAAGAUUUAACCAGCUCAGGGUUCAAAUCAGCCGAUCCGAUUGAGAAACUAGAUUUCCAACAGUGUCAACUCGUAUUCAAAAGCUUAGCAAAACUUCACGCUCAUUCGGUUAAAUUACACAAGACGUCCAAGUUACCCGAUAUUUUCCAUAAAGAUACGUUUUUCUUAUCGCAAGAUCCGACUUCUAGUCAUCUAAUCCCUGUAUUUGCCAAAGCUUUCGAUUGCUUUCUACGGACCUUUGACCCGACCCUGAUCCAGAAAUAUAGCAAGAAAUUGUACAACUUUCGGACCAAUAUGUUGAAAAUAAUCGCCUCCGAAGUACGAGGAAAUGACAAAAGUUUCAAAGUAUUGAAUCACGGUGAUAUCUGGUCUAAUAAUAUUAUGUUCAAGUACGAUAAAUACGGAUCUACGGAACAACUCAGACUGAUCGAUUUCCAGCUCUGUCGCUGGGCUAGCCCUGCCUUCGAUAUUAUUCACUUCGCAACCACCACGAUGAAAUUUCAAGUAUUCGAUAAGUAUUUCGAUCUGCUACUGGAAAUAUACUUGGAAACUUUGAACAAUACGUUGAAGUAUUUCAAGUGCCCCACUUAUCGAAUGGAAGAUCUCAAGAAAGAUAUCGAUAAUAUCAGCGGAUUCGCUAUGUUGGGGUUCACUGUGCUGACACCUGUUAUAAUGGCUGAACCUGAAGAUCCGGUUGAUUUGGCGAGUAUUUUGGAGAAUCCUUUGAUCGAAAAUAAAGCUUUGGAAAAAGCUUACCGGAGACGUUGUUAUCAGGAUUUUGCUCGACAAUGGUUCAUGUAUUUUGUUAAAAAGGGGGUGCUGACGAGUAAUUAACUACUUAUAAGACUGGAACUUGAACGAAAUUCUGCUGUCGAUAUUACCACGAUUAUUAUUCAAUUUAUUGGAUAAAUAGGAACCAUGGAGCGUUUCUCAGACAUAAUUUGUUGUUUUUAUUUGGGCACCUAUUACCUAGUCCUAGUCACUCGUACUACAUACAUAAUUAUGCAAAAUAUGAAUACCUACUUGAUACGAAUAAUGAACCAUAAAAUUAUACUUUAGUUUAGUUUGGAAAUUACACAGGCACCUACAAUUACAAUAUUUCAAAAUUUGUG